AUGAGAUAUGGCAUUGUGCACUCACGCCUCACCACUGUUCCUCACAAGCCACGACCCCUUUGCGCUACCUGGCUGAGACAAUGGCCACAUCUACGCAAUUCGUCCUCGAAACCCGACGCUGUAGACGCAGCUACUGACCCCCGCGUGGAGGAUCUAGGCAGACUUAUUGAAGAUGACUUCGCCAAAUUACGCGACAAAUACCGAACCCCCAAGUAUCCCAUCGUCCUCGCCCAUGGCCUUCUCGGUUUUGAUGAGCUACGCUUGGCUGGCAAGUUUCUACCGGGCGUGCAAUACUGGCGUGGCAUCAAGGAGGGGCUGAACGCCAACAAUAUCGAGGUCAUCACGACGGCCGUUCCGUCGUCUGGUUCCAUUGAGCAACGCGCUGUAGCGCUCAUGAAAGACAUCAAAGCCAAAGCUCGAGGCAAGACAGUCAACAUCGUUGCCCACAGCAUGGGAGGGCUAGAUGCCAGACACUUAAUCAGCAGCCUAAAACCAUGGGAUUUGGAGAUCAAGUCGUUGACUACUGUGGGUACGCCGCAUCGGGGCAGCUCCUUCGCGGACUGGGUCUUCCGAGAGAUUGGUGAACAAAAUGUGCCUAGGGUCUAUAAGCUGCUAGCUCGGCUCAAUCUGGAAUCAGGAGCCUUCUCGCAGCUGACCACAAAAUACAUGAAGGAGACGUUCAAUCCUGCCAAUCCGGAUGAUCCGUCUGUCAGGUACUUUUCUUAUGGAGCGCAAUUCAAGCCUUCACUGUGGUCUAUCUUUCGCUUUUCGCAUGAGAUGAUUGAGGUCAUCGAAGGCCCGAAUGAUGGGCUGGUUAGUGUAGCGAGUAGUAAAUGGGAUGAGCGUGGGUAUAGAGGUACGCUGGAUGGAGACGAACCGCCUAAAGUGGCUUGCCGCAGAGCUGACGCUGACGAAGAGAAGGUUGGUACACUCUCAAUCUGA